AUGCCGAUUGAUCACUUCCAUAACGAAACUCGGUACGAACCUCAUACCAAUGCAACAUUCGAACAAUUCUACUGGCUGGAUACUACAAACUAUGUUCCUGGGGGUCCAGUUAUCAUCCUUGCUAUCGGUGAGGAUUCAGAACAAGGUGACUUUCAAUGGCUUCAGAAGGGUCUUCUCCACGAGAUCGCCAACGCCACUGGAGGAGUUGCGCCGUAUACCACAGAGAAUCUUCGUUUUCACAGCACCGAGCAAGCAAUGGCCGAUCUCGCCUAUUUUGCCCAAAGAGUGAGUUUCCCAGGGCUCGAAGAUCGAAACCUCACGGCUGCCACAACCCCGUGGAUUAUACUAGGCGGGUCCUACGGCGGAGUCAUAUCCGCGUUCACUCGCAUUCAGUAUCCCGAUAUCUUUUGGGGCGGGUUAUCAUCCUCCGGAAUCACUGUCGCCAUCGACGAUAACUGGCAAUACUAUGAUGUGAUACGGCGAUAUGGGCCCGCGCAAUGUGUCAAGAAACAGCAACAACUAACGAAUCUGAUGGAUAACAUCUAUGAGAGUGGGAAUAAGACCGCCUUGUCUGAACUCUACGCCGCCUUUAAUGUUUCGGACGCCUCCAAAUAUCCCGAUCUGGCAUAUUUCCUUAGUGGCACCUUGAGUGCUUGGGACCAGUCCUGGAAUUUCCCGCCAGAUCCUCUGUCAGGCCCGGGCUCCUACUGCGACUUCAUCACGUCUGAAACCAACGCGACUGUGUCCACUGCGGCUCUUCAGACCGCGGCACAUUCUCUGCUUGCGUACGCCAAUAAGACCGCAACCCCCAACGUCACGGACCUCUACUAUCCUCUCCUGAAUCUCUUCUUGUACAUACAAACCCAGGAGGACUUUUGUGCAGGAAAGGUGGUGGGCGAAUGUCUGCUGCUGGGCACCCCAAGUCCGUUCAACUGGCUCGAGUGCACAGAGUACGGGGACUUCGCAACAGGCUACAACCCCGGCACACCGGGCCACCCGGCUGCCCUCCCCCUGGUCUCGCGCACCAUGAACCUAGAAUACAACCUCGAUCUCUGCCACUCGACCUACAACAUCACGUACGACCCACAGCUCCAGCGGUUCAACAAGUACGGCGGGUUCAACAUGUCCUACCCCCGCCUGGCCCUGUCGACGGGUCAACUCGACUACUAUCGGCCGAACACGCCAUUGGCGGAGUUCCUCGCAGAUGGAAAACCCAACCCGCGUCUAAACAGCAACGGCACGACCAGCGACCCGGAAAUCGUGAUCAAGGGCGGGUUCCACGAAUGGGACUUUCCGGGACUGCUGCCGAACGAGACCGACUACAAGAUGCCGGCCGUGGUGCACAGCGCGCAAACCAGAGAGAUCGAGGCCGUCAAGUUGUGGCUGCAGGAAUGGAAUCAGACUCACGCGGCCUGA